GGGUGUUUCUCGCAUACGGUAAGCUGGAGAGGUGCCGUUGCACUGUAAUCAGUGAGAGGCACCGUCUGAGGCGACGGCGGGAGCUGCAAAGCCUUCUCAGAUCAGCAGACGGGCCCCAAGAAGGAGGGGGAGCUCCAGCGGAAAGGCUGAAGAGGAUCUGGCUGUAUCUGGCUGCGCACCGUCAUGCCGGCCAAUGAGGAAGGUCAGCGGUGGAUGGAUGGAUGGAUGCACCAUUGCAAUUACCACGCUGUCUGUGUCUGAACGAAUGGAUGGAUGGAUACAGAGGAGCAUGACAAGACCUACCAGGUCGACCACCAGCACACCUACUACCACUACUACCCUGACCCCAGAGACCACACAAUGGUCAUACUCGAUUAUGACAACACGUAAGAUACGCACUGCGGAUGUACUGUACCCGCAUCGUGGACAUGACGCUUUCUGUUCCAUGCGUUGUGGUCUGCUCAGAUUGUUUCCGACGUCUGUAUGGCGUAGUGACGCCUUCCGCCGGCUGCUCGACCCCCAAAAGGCCGCACUUCUCGUCGCGAGCGGUGCAUCGGCCUACCGGUUGGUGGCACACUGUGCGGCGUGGUCGCGGGUGGUGAUCGUGUCCAAUGGGAAACGGUUGUGGUAGGCACACCAUCCACUCGCACAGAUCUACACCAAUUGCCAAUUCCUCUGGUUGUGCGUGUGUGUCUGCGCGUGUGUGUGUGUCAGGCUGAACACGUCGCUCAAGCUGCCGGGGUACGAGCGCCUGCGGGCCCUCCUGCAGGACAACGAGAUCCCCGUCCUCUCUGCGAAGGAACACGCCAAACUCUGUGGCCUGGAUGACCAGGAGGCGUGUGUGUGGAAGGUCAGAGAGACAUGGCUGGCAGAGACACCAGAAAGAAGGAGGCGGAGGGAGGGAGGGAGGCGAGAAAAGUUUGUGUGUGUAUGUGUGUGUGCGUGUGUGUGUCUCAUCCGUUGGAUCAGCGUUUGUGCUGCGCGGAGUUGCUGGCAUACUAUCACGAGAGAGGCAUUAUGCCGCUGCGCGUCGUGUCAAUCGGGGACAAGGAACUAGAUCUGAGCGCUAUCGAGGCAAACAGAAGGUGCAGCACACGCACAUUUACAUGGCCGGAUGAGUUGUGUGUGGUGCAUCCAGGUAUCUCGAGGAGGGCACGCUGCUUAAGAUCAAACUGGUGGAGGGGCCCACUGUGGACGAGCUCAUCAAGGUCCGUGGGUCAGAGAGACACAUGCGCUCAUGUCGUGUGCGCUCUUGACGUACAUGUGUGUGUGUGUGUGUGUGUGUGUCAGGAGCACGAGUUGCUGAGCACCCAUCUGCUGAGCCUUCUGGCCCACUCACACAUGGAAAACUAUGAGGUGGUAGGUCUGUCAGGACAUGAUGGAUAUGAUGCAUGCCAUCAGUCCAUUAAUCCCAUCCAUUGUGUGCCUCACCUCACAUGCAGGUGUACCAUGACACCGAUGGCGACGAUGACGAGGGCGAACAAGAGGAGCUCUCCCUCAGCCCCAUCGACCACCCAGAAGUAGAUGACCCCCAGACAUAGUGAGGAAAACAGCACCCAUCCACCCUCACACAGAGAGAGAGAGAGAGAGAGAGAGAAACCAGAAAGAGAGAGACACCAUCCAGCCAUCCACCGACCCACGUGGAUGUGUGUGUGCAGCUUCUCGUCCUUCGACCUGGACGGCACCACCGUGUGCCGCCCCAGCUAGCGCCCGGACCACACCAUCGCACGGAUCAACAUCUGGG